CAAUUUUAAUCAUAAAAAAUCAAUGAUUCUUUUCAUAGCACAAUUAUCUCAUCAUUAACUCACAAUUGGCUUAGUUUUUACCCCCUUAAGUAUUAUUGAAUUCAAUGAAGCAAAGCUUCCAAAAACAACCUCCGAUUGUAGCCUUAAAUACUUGGGUCAAUUCAAUUCAUGAAAAGUUAUUUUAUAUCCUCAACAUUGAUAUGAAACUUGCAAAGAGUUUGACUUAUCAUUUGAUACUUAUUUUGGUAUUUUAUCAAAAUUUAUAUUCAAUAGUUGAUCUUUUAUUAUUGUUAAGUUAACUGUGUUUCCAUCAAAAACCAGUGUUGAAACAUAAUUUGAAUUCAAAUUGAACAUACAAUUGAACUGUUAGAAGGACUUGUCCAUUGGUCAAAGGCUGUAAGGUCAAUCUCCUUUUUGUAUAUUUGCCAGUCCAUUGGUAUUGUUCAAUUCAAAAUAAAGGAAAUAUAUUUUCUCAUACAUUAAAUGGUGAUUGUGAUCAAUUGAAGAGCAAUUUAAUAGAAAUAAAAUUUUCUUGACAUUUAAAUUUACUAACCAACCAAAGCAAAGCCAAAUUGAACUAGCCAAAGUCACAAUGCUACAAAGUUAAUUGUGAUUAACAAAUAACAAAGAGUUGUAAAAGCUAGUUUCCUGACUUUGACAACAAUCAAAAAUUAUCAUUUUUCUUAUUAUUAUAUUUUCGCUCCAAAUGCUCAUGUUACAUUAACCUUAGCAAUGUUAAAUCAAACCCAAGUUUAACAUUCAAAAGCUAAAGUUAUAUCGUUAAUGAUUAAACAUUGAAAAUCCAGCCAUUUUAAUAAACAAAUAGUCAUUAAAUUGUAAACAAUAACACUGAUUGAUACAUUACCGAGACAGAAGCAACAAUUUAUUAACCACAAGUUGACCUUUAUUUGCAUCUUAUCCUGACCUCCAGACCAUCAGCUUUUUUCAUCUCAUCUUGAACCAGAAUUGACUUUCUUUGAAAACCCAAAACCAAACCAAAAAAAACAAGGUUAACAAUUUGAUUUUGAAGAGCUUUGAAUAACAUCUUUUAUCAUCGGAUCUGCUCUUUUGGGUACUUUCCUUAACCAGUUAAAGGUGCUGAUAGUUGGUGGUUGCUUGUGUUCACCCAAACAAAUCGACACCGGAAUUGCUUUAGUAACAAUUUGAAAGCAACCCUGACAUCUAAUUACUUCAUCAUCAACUCUUUUCUUACUUUUUUUUCUAGUUUUUCCACAAAAUUACGCCCAAUCUUCUUUAAGAUCAUCUUUUUUCUCAUCCAUGAAACUUUCCUUCCAAGUUAUUAUCUAAUAAUGACUAAACCAUUUCAAUCAUUAGUCUCAUCUUUAUUAUUAUUAUUGUUUGUAUCUUCAUCUUUUGCUUCCACCUUUUCCUUCUCAUCUCCAUCUCCAGCAUCACCAUUUACCUGAUCAUGAGCGUCAUCUUUAACAUAACCUCUUGUCUCCUCACACCAUUAGUCUUGAAGAACUGACAAUUAUCAUAUCAAUUUCAAGAAGUUAAACUUGAAUUUGCUUUUCUCAUCUUCUUUCAGGUUUCUUCAUCAACUCUUCACUUGGCUGAUAUUGAGCCCUAAUCAAAUUAAAUAGUUUGCUGUCAUAAUCAUUAUCAUCCCUAAUUGCUUGUUAAAAGACGAUUUUGUUGGAAAACGAAAUGAGAAAAAAAAACAUUUACAACAUUCAGUAAAUAACAAUAAAUACACAAGUUGACUCGUGCACGAAUAAUAUGUAUCAUUCAUUAAAUCCUUUAUCCUUUUACUAACCGUGUCAUCUUCACCUUACUUUGCAUCAUGAUUCAUGAUCACCUUUUGCUGGAAGAAAAUCAGAAGAUCACAAGGGAGCGAGUGAGCAUUAAAUGGGAGAUGAAGACGAGCAACAGCAACUGGUAGUCAAAGUUUACUUGAUUAUUCCUAAAAACGGUUAAUUUUGUUUUCUUGUUGUUGUCAACAAAUUGUAAUUUUAUUGUCAAAUUGUCUAUAUUUUUUCCUGUGUAAUUCAAUUUAAAGUGAAUCCUUUGUUAAUGGCAUCAUCUUUACCAGCCUUUUCAUCAUCGAAAACAUCAUGUUGAAAUCAAAUCUUGAAAAAAUUAUUGUGUUUAAUGUUUUACUCAAUGUUAAUCUGGUAAUUUGUUUACCCAAAUCACAUUUCUCAUCUUAUCCGAGAAUCAAAGAUUUUGGUGAUGAUGAUGAACAUCCAAUUAUUAUAUCUUCAGCUCAUCAACAAUUGUAUCAUAAUGAGCCGUUUCAAUUUAAAAGAUUGUCAACAACCACAAAGCAACCCUUUCUUUCAAGAUUACCAGUCAUGGCCAGUGAUAACUAUCAAGAUGAUAAAAACGUUAAAACUCAUUCAUGGGUAAAUGUUUCAGUUUUACCAUUAACAUCAAGACCUUUAAUCAUAACAGGACCAAGUACGAGUUCAACAACGACCACAACCACGACAACAUCAACACCAAGACCAGUACCAAGACCAACACCGAGAUCAACAACAACAACAACUACAACUACCACUACUUCAACAACGACCACAACACCUUCACCAUCACUAGUGAGCUCAACAACACAGUCAACAGUAAAUAAAUUAUCAAAACCUACAAAAGGUGUUGUUAGAAGUGAACUUGAUUUAAAUACUUCGUCAUCUCAAAGUAAUGCAUCAAUAGCUCACCCUUUAGCUAAUCAAGUGGACGGGCCAUCAGCAUCAUCAUUUAUCCAACCAUUAACCCUUCUUAUUAUGUCAUAUCUUGCAAAUAAAAAAAUAAAUUCCCUUCCAAUCGAUCGUUAUUCGCAUGGAUUUCCACCUCCACCGAUAAUCAACUCAUCAUUUUAUGACACCUCAAAUCGCAAUCAAAAUGAUACGGAGACAGAAUCUCGAACCAUUGCUUCUUGGUUUGGUGGACUUGCCCGGCGUCUUAAGAGACCCAAGCAUCCCAAUAGACGUGAUCAUACAGUUGGUCCUGGUCGAGGUUCAAUUCCAAUUCCUUACGAAACUGCACCAAUUUCAUUGGCAUCACUUCAUGGUCCCUCAUUGGCACCGAUAGGUCGACCUCUUUCUGGUUCAUCGUCUGAUCAAAUAAUGCUUCCUGGUCUACUUCCUCAACCAGAAGGUUUCCCAGGACCUUUUAAUCCUGAAAACUCGGUUCUUUUACCUCCUGAUAUCAUGGAAAAUUCUGGUAUAAAAUAUUGGCUUGAUUUCAUUGAAAAGGGUGGAACCACGGACGAUCUUACACCUGCACAUUUAAAUGGUUCACCAGCUCCAUUACCACCUCAGCUUUCAUCAGCCCAUUCCACUCCUCCUCUGGGACAUCAAACUAUUUUUGAAGCUGCUGGAUCUGAUCAUGAUGAGGUUGAUUUUAAUAAUGCAAUUAAACGCAGAUUUAAAAGACCUCCAGCUCAAGCCAAGCCGGACGGUAAUCGUCAAAACACAAGAUACAGACCGAAUCAACAUCGACCUUCCAAUGGUGCUUCAAAUGGAAAUGGCAAUAGCAAUGGAAAUGGCAAUGGUAAUCAAAUUGAUUCACACAUUCAGAAACAUAGUUAUGGUGAGACAAGUGAUUCCUAUGAUGGAACUGAUAGAACUGGAAACAGCAAUUCUCUUCAUUUUCACGACUCAGAUCGUCACAAGCAAAAUGAAAUGUCCCCUCGGUGUGACAAAUUUACAGAUCACAUUUGUGUGGAUGACUUUGAGUAUCCAGAACAAGCAAUCGUGGAUGAAAUAUAUAAAAGAAGAGAUAUAUUUGAAUUAAUGUAUUCAGAAGUCAAAGGUAAUAUUCCACUUGUUGACGGAAUUCCAAGAGAUGUUGAAGAAUCUUAUAGUUAUGAAACCGAUGAGACAAACGAUGAUACAGAUGAAAAUGAUGAUUCUCCUGGAGACAGAAAUGAUGUUUCUAAUGAUGAAAGAGCCGAUCCCAUGUAUUCAGCAGCUAAUUCAGAUUCAUUUACCAAAUCAGCCGUGGGAAGACAAGGGUUAAGACCAGGAGUUUCCAAUAAAGGAAAUAGCAACAGCCAAAAUGGGAAUGGAGCGUCCAAAGAUGCUUCUCAUGGAGGUUAUAUUUGCCCAUCUGAAGUACUUUAUGGUAGACCUAAACUCGCUCGUAAUGUCAAGGGUGAUUGGAAGGUAAUUGUUAAUGCAGCUGAAUUCACUCAAACCGUGCGAAUGGAAAAAUGCCUUCGACCCAAUCAACGAUGUAACUAUGUAUCCAACAUUGGCAUUGUUUCUCGAUGUGCUCAAGUCCACUCUUUCCAUAGACUAAUGGUUUUCGAGAAGGGUAAAGGUUUUUACAUUGAUACCUUCCAAAUACCAACUGCAUGUUCAUGUCAUAUUAGACGAACUGGUGGUCCAACUGGACCUUCACCCAUGUCAGAUUUACUGGGAUUAAACGAGUCACCAGGAUCUGGAGGAUCUAAUGGAGUUGGUUCAAAUGGCAACGGAGGAGGUCAAGGCAAUGGAAACGGAAUGUCUUCUAUGGGUAAAAGUCCAACUCCGUUACAAUUGAGCAAUGCUCUUUGGUCUAUUCUUGGUUCUGGCACUGGUUCUGGUUCACCACCAAAUAACGGGCAGUCACUUUCUGGAAAUCCAUUUUCAGUUAUUGACAACAUCAAUUCGGUGAACAAUGAUUUGUUGAAAGCUCAAUUGUCAGUUUUGUCUAGCAUUAAAAACUAUCCUUCACUGACUGGAUCCAUUUCACCUGAAAGUGUUCUGCAACAAUUAACUUCCCAAUCAGAUGCAAUACAAAACAUUCAAGGUUUAACAAAUGCUUUUAAUCAAAACUCAGGUUUUCCAUCAAUGAAUGGGAAACAGCCUGAUUCAGGUGGCCACAAUGAUCAAGUUGAAUAUCUAUUGCCAGGAAUGAUGUAUGCUGAAGAACCCUUAUCAUUUCAAGAGCAUUCCGAUAAUUUGGGCGGACGUUUACACAGUUCACAUUCAACGGGAUCAUUUAGUAGAGGAUCAUCGCCAACCUCAUCUUCACACUCACUCUCCUCAUCUGGACCUGGAACAGGGGAAAUAUCAACAGGUGGGGCACCGUUAGUUCAAGUAAUUCAUGUUCCUGUCUCAUCACAUCCACUCUCACCUCAACUUCAACGUCAUCAUGGACCAACAACAACAAAUUUACAAUUUCCAGUCUAUAACAAGCCCUCAGCAACUUCCAAUGAUCUUCCUACGUUAACUGCAUAUGCUUCAGCUAGUAAAUCAUCUGCUGAUGCUUUAAAGGCCGAACGGAAACCAUCAGCGUAUUUCUCAUCUUUAACCGAUACUGAUAGGAAUAAAGUUAUGGUUAAUCGAGCUUCAGAGAAUAAUAAUAACAAUAAUGAAAAUAAAACAAAUGCUACAUCAACUUAUGACUCUGCUGUGUUAACCAGCACUCCUAAAGUAGCGAUUGCCGGUGCAUCUAACUCUCAUGCAAUUCAUCCACAAGAAACAUCAACACCAUUUGAUAAAAACAACCCCACCAAUGAACCUACAGCUAUUAAUGAAAAUGAUGGCAAGAACAGUAACAACAAUAAUAAUGAUAAAAGUGAUUCAACGGGUAAAACAUUAGCUAAUUCCAUGGCUGAUGGUAAAGUUAAUUUCUCGUAUCAUCCAAUAUUGGAAUACAUAAUGCCUUCUCAAUCAUCAUCCUAGAAGACUCAAACUAAUUAAGAUUCUCAUUUUACAUUCACUUUGCAAUCUUUUCAAGAAACUUUAUCAAUGAAAAGUGUAUAUUUAUUGAAAUAAUUAACUUUAUUAACCUUUUAUAAUCAAUGAGUAGUUUAACUGAUUCUUUCAAAUUUUGAAUUUUGAUUGCUACAAAUGCUAAUAAACAUUGUAAAUAUUUAAAAAUGAGCAUAAAAACGGUUUAUUCUCACUA